UUUUUAAAAAACAAAAACUUAAUUUUUUUUUUUUUUUAAUCUCGCACCGAAACUUUUCUGCCGCGGCAGAGCGCAGGGAGAGAGGAGGCGAGAUGGGGAGGAAGGCGCUUCUGGCUGUCGUCUGCCUCUGCCUGCGCUGGGUGGCUGCUCUCGGCGCGCCUCCGGCCGCUGCCAGCGCAGAAGCUGAGACCAAUUUCGAGGGAAUUGAGAGCAAAUUUUCCUUACGGACGCCUGCAGAGCCUGAUGAGGAUGUCUGCUACCUGGUUCCUGGGCAGGUGGACAGCCUGGCACAGUGCAACUUCAACCAUACCAGUAAAACGUUUGUGGUGAUCCAUGGGUGGACGGUGACAGGAAUGUAUGAAAGUUGGGUCCCGAAGCUGGUGGAUGCUCUAUACAAGAGGGAACCUGAUUCAAACGUCAUUGUGGUGGACUGGCUAAUUCGAGCUCAGCAGCACUACCCAGUGUCCGCUGCAUACACUAAGCUGGUGGGAAAGGAUGUCGCUAUGUUUAUUGACUGGAUGGAGGAGCAAUUCAAUUAUCCUCUCAACAAUGUGCACUUGCUGGGGUACAGUCUAGGUGCUCAUGCUGCUGGGAUUGCUGGGAGCUUGACCAAGAAGAAGGUGAACAGAAUUACUGGGCUGGAUCCAGCUGGUCCUACCUUUGAGUAUGCUGAUGCCCUCACCCGCCUCUCCCCGGAUGAUGCUGACUUUGUGGAUGUCCUACACACCUACACUCGAGGCUCUCCAGACCGCAGCAUUGGGAUCCAGAAGCCUGUUGGACACAUUGAUAUUUAUCCUAAUGGUGGAGGUUUCCAGCCAGGUUGCAACUUGGGAGAAGCACUCCGUCUGAUUGCUGAAAAAGGCUUUGCAGAUGUGGAUCAGCUGGUGAAAUGCUCCCAUGAACGAUCCAUCCACCUCUUCAUUGACUCCCUCCUCUACGAAGAAAAGCCCAGCAUGGCCUACCGCUGCAACACAAAGGAGGCCUUUGAGAAGGGUCUCUGCCUGAGCUGCCGGAAGAACCGCUGCAACAAUUUGGGUUACAAGGUCAACAGAGUGAGAACGAAGAGAAACACCAAAAUGUACUUGAAGACCCGUGCUCAGAUGCCCUAUAAAGUCUUUCAUUACCAGGUCAAGAUCCAUUUCUUUGGGAAGACUAAUACAACCAAGACAAACCAGCCAUUCCUUAUCUCUCUCUAUGGCACUCUAGAUGAGAGUGAGAACAUCGCUUUCACACUGCCUGAAGUCUCCUCAAACAAGACCUUUUCCUUCCUGAUUUACACAGAAGUGGACAUUGGUGACCUGCUUAUGCUGAAGCUGCAGUGGGAGAAAGACACCUUCUUCAGCUGGUCAGACUGGUGGACUCCUUUUACAUUCGACAUCCAGAGAGUCAGAGUGAAGUCAGGAGAAACUCAGAAAAAGGUGGUGUUCUGUUCUCGAGAUGGCACCUCGCAUCUCAGUAAGGGAGAAGAGGCAGCAAUAUUCGUGAAAUGCUUGGAGCAGCCUGUCAACAGGAAGAGAGGAGGUGCCAAGAAAGCCUCUAAAGAAAAUUCUGCUCACGAAUCUGCUUAAGUGACAAGAAUGGAUAUUUUCCACACUGGGGAGGAGGAGAGUCUGUUCAUCCCUGUGGACUGGAUGUUCAGAACCAAAUAUAUAGAAAUAUUUAUCCGCUGCUGGCUUUUUGCCUGCUAUUCCUAGCUACCUUAGGAGACUUCUUGUAAGGAAGUCUCAGCAUACAAAGUUACUAACCAUAAAGAUACAUUAUCUAAAUACUUAAAAACAAAGAAACCUGCAAAACGACUUGCCAAAGGCUUGAGUGCUGGGAAGGAAUAAGUAGUUUUGCUUAAUCAUGGUGCCUUGUGACAAGGUUUCUUGACAUCAAAUCCUCUAUAGCAAUUUUGUAGUAUUUAUUGAAAAGAAGCAAAGCCCUGUACCUGGCUUUUCUUUCUUUUCAGGAGUCUUCUGAAACUGGACAGGUUUUUUUCUGGCUUGGCUAACUGAAUUUUCAGACAGUUCAGUGGCUAGAGUUCAUUGUCUUCAAGUGUGUGUUUAGCAAAUGAGUAGGUUUUUCAUGUGAAAAAACACCUUUGUGUGUAUUAAUAAAAGGUGUCAGGGACUGACUUAAUAUGGGGAUGAAUUUUCUAGUUUGUGGUUAUGAAUGUGUUUUACUGGGCGUAGAUGCCAGUGCCGCUUAGCAAUAGGUAUGAUCUGUUAAGCUAUAUACUUCUAUGCAGCUUACCCUGGAAUAAAUAGCAGUUGUAGAAGACAGCAAUACCAGUGUCCUAUGCAGACAUUCAACUUUUCAUCUGUGCUUUCAUUUCUUGAAAAUGAAAGCAUCUAGCCUCCAACAUGAUGUGAAGAAGGAACUGCAAAGGAAUUGAGCUACCAGAAACUGCAGGAAACGGAUUUUUUUUUUUUACUUUUUUCCCACCACUGGCUUGCAUCCUGUAUGCCAAAACUGUGACAGUUUCUCUGCUCUUUGACACCGAAUGUCAGUCAUGCAGCUGAGUGGCUGCUGUAUGCAGUCUUCAGUGCAAGUGAAUCCACUUGACAGGUGACAAGCAUGCUCAUGCUUCCCUGUACUGGAAUUGUGACUGGAAGUGACCCACCUUGGUUUGUUGCUUGGCUGUGAUACAGUGCUAGGUCCUAGGAGCUGCUUGGUUUUCUGACAUGAGGUGGAAUUCAGCAAGGAGCUGUGGUAGUUAAAAGGAGCCUGAUUGUGUGAUGCACAAGAAUGAACGCUCUGAAAAACACUUGAAUUAGACAUGCUGCAAGUUGCCAAAAGUAGAUAUAUUGAAGGCAUUCUGCUUCCCCUUUUUUAAGUAACGUAGUUUUUCUAGUGCUCUGAAAGGUUCAGUAGCCCUCUUUUAGCUUUCUGGAAGAUAAACAAAAUACCGGGGAGGCAGAAGGGCUUGAAGGUAGACACUUGGAGAAGUAUAAUGUGAGCUAUUGAUGCUGGUUUUUGUAGUCUUUUCCUGCAUAUGCAAGACAGUGUGGAGGUGGUGAUUUCUCCAAUAUCAUCCAAUCUUGAAAGCAAAAUCAACUUGUAUGUGUUUAUGUGCAUAGUUUGGGUUUUUUCCAGCUGUGGCUGCUAGUAUGUUUGGGGAUAAAAGUCUUAAACAGUGCAAUAUGUUGGAAUAUUAAUAGCUCUGAAAUUGCUCACAUUUGAUUUCCUAACCCUUAAACUACAGCAGAGAUGUGAUGAGUCACUGAGGGUGGGGUUGAGUAUUGAGCCACUGCAUUUGAGACCUUUAAAAAUAAAUAUAAUGAUUUAUUCCCUAUAGACUUCACAUUUUGUUGCAAUUUUCUCUUAAGAGUUAAGUUCUUUGGAAAUAAAAUGAACAGGUGUGCUCUUAAUACAGGAUCAAAUACAAACACAUACAGAACUUGGAUACAAAAUAGUGAAGGUUCUUGUACAUGAGGACACAUGAUUUAGCUUUGGAUGUUAUUUAUUAGCUGUAAAUAAGAUAUUUAUGUGUGUAAGGGUAGUUUGUAUAUAUUGCUGAAGUUGCUGACAGUCUCUACAUUAAUACAGUUGUGUGGUAUUAAUCCUGUAUAUAGCUUUCAGAGAGAUUUUUAUCAACAAACCACUUACACUGCAUUAUUUCCUAUGUGGUUAAUACUUUUUUUAAAAAAAAAAAAGCAAGCUCCUCAGUUUUGUACAGAAUGGAAACCUAUGGUUUUAAUAAAAUUCUGAAACUGA